AUGUCCGAUACCAAAGAUGAUCUGACUGAGAAGGCCCACUUCGACCCUUCAUGGAUCGCAUGGAAUGGAGGUUACCUACACUCGAACAAUGUACUGUUUUAUUUUGCAACUUCUCCCUUCUUCGACCAGGUCUCAGGCAACCAGUCUCUGAUCACCCAAUGGGCAGGCACACCCAAUCAGAAUGAUGUUCUAGGCACUAGAGCCAAAUUCGAAGCCAAUCUCCGCCAUCAACGUGGUAUUCAGUACGUGGUCGAACAUGAUCCGCUGGAAGAAAAGGUCAUGUUUGAUGGGCCCAACGGCCGCGAAAAUUCCAGUGUAUGGGUCAUCCGAAAACAGAACCGAGAGAACGAAGACGACAGCAGCGUCACGGUCUUGGGCUAUUACUACAUUGUCAAUGACGUGAUAUACCAAGCUCCUUCAGUGGCCAGCGUUCUCAAUUACCGCAUGCUGAACACGGUUUUGUCCCUCGAGAAGGUUUUCUCUGCGCCCACAGACUUGUCUUACUUCUCUCCGACUUAUGGGCACACGUACCACAAGUCGAUUCAAUUGUCACUAGCGCAGACGCAAUCCGGUCCAACUCAGCAAAGCAAAGAGAGCACGCCAGUACCAGAGGCACAGGUGCCUGCCGUCGAGAAACCAACCGGACGUAUCACUCAGGUACGAGAGGACGCAGGCAGUGGAGAGAGGGUUUUGUGGGAUGCUCUUCGAAUGACAUUACAGUAUGGCAAGGAGUAUAUGGACGAGGUUUCUCUAGUGGGUGAACCCGGCAAUUUCAGAUUCUCCAAGCAAAAGGAACCUGCAGCUGGUCAGGUCAAGGGCCUGGCAACAUCUUCGGAAUUUGGUACGCCUGGUCAGUCCCGGCCGACUUCUGCUGUUCCUCAUGCUGUGCUGAAAGAGACAAAGACUGGAGACAAGGCAGCCGCUAUGCCUGAUGGUGUGGCCAAACCUAAGAGGCGAAAGAGUAGACCGGGUGACUGA